UAUAUAUAUAUAUAUAUAUACAUAUAUAUAUAUAUAUAUAGAUAGAGAGAGAGAGAGAGAAACAUUUGAAAAUUUCGACAUCACGAAAGAAACUUCUACUUCGAGACCUGCUUUUUCCUUUUCAUACGACUAGAAUAAUUGUCGAAAUUCUAAACGAAAAACAUGUUUUUCGUUUGUGUGUGUUGCGUUUCCUAGAACGUUCUCUCAAGCAAUCUGUCUAAUUGUUAGUUCGUAUGCCUGAAAAUUUCGUCGUAACGUUCGCUUCGCGUCGCUUUCUCGAACCGGAACCCACGAACGUGUGUUGUAACGUGCUGUUGGUUCUCUCCAAGACAAAAGCGAACUCUCGCUUCAAUCAAUCGAUCCCGAAUCCGCACGCGAUCGUGUGCCCCGCGUCUAAUACGUGACCGUGCGCUAUUACGAACCACAAGAAAAGCACAAUUUCGCCAUAGAGGCGGAAACACGUCCUGUGCAUAUUGCCGUCGUUAUAAUGGAAGUGCGACGCGACCGUUGUUCGUGUAUCGGAUACGUACCCGUGCAUCGCGUGGAGUGGGAUAACGAUGAAACGCGAGACACGGAUCGAAUUCAAAGAAACAGACGCGUCUUUCUGCACGAGUUUGAUAUUUUUAUACGGGCAUCGAUUUUUCCGAAUGUUGCUGUGCGGUAGCGAUUAUAUACCCGUGCGCGUCGAGCGUCGUCGCCUCGAUUGUGUUCCAAUAUUUUUUGGCGUAUCGUUGGCGUGUAUACUGUAUACCGCGUGCGCUGUGUAUAUCAUUGAAAAUUCUGCGAACGCUCCAAUUAGUCGGUGAUCCGGAAGUAACGAGACGCUUCCGUCGACUCGCGCGUUUACUCGAAUUUGUUAAACAGCCACCGUACUCGUGCACACACGCGUCCCGCGACGAGUUAUAUCGGGAAUGUUAUGCGCGUAAAUAUUUAUUCGUCCACGUCGGCGCGAAAUGCUACAAGUGCAUAUAGAAUGGAAUUGGAAUUAUAGAAUAAGAGAAGCGGAUACGUGCUCGCCGGUAAAAGUGUAUAGAGACUGGUGACUCGACACCGACAGGGUGACGGCGGCGGCGGGGGUAAACCGGGAUGCUUUGUGCGGAAGGAAACGUGAACGGGCUCUGGACGUACGCAGAUGCAAUGAACAAUUUUACGAAAAAAAAACCGAUCGUAGGAUAAAUUGAAUACGAUACACGGGGCAAAGAUGAACGUGUGUAUGUAUGUAUGUUUCUGUUCCGAUUCAAACUAACUGUACAUAUGUUCAAAUACGCAUACAUAAAGGCAGGUACACGAAUAAGAAAAGAAUAAAAUAGUCGAUAAAUGGACACGCGUAGGUGACAAGGUAUUAUGUAUACAUCUAGAUAGAGUAGCGACGGAAACUGUUGCUUAGCUGUACAAUAAGGUAAUGGAAAAUGCUUUACACUCGAUGAUUUAUCGUGAGAACCAGAAAGAUAAACGAUUUAAUAAAUUACUGUAUUUUACAAGUCUGAUUUCUUCCUGAAUAGAGUAGAGAGAGAGGGAGAGAGAGCGAGAGAAAGAGGAGUGAAAGAACGCUGCUACGGGCUAUAUAGUACAUAAGAUGACCGAGGGGGGAGUACAUGAUUUCGAAAAGCGAGCUGCCAGGUACAGGGAAGCCAAGUGAAAAGUAUCCUAGACAGAUGGUGUAAUGCGAACGCCUGCGCGAAGGAGCGGCGGCUCGACCGGUUCACUUCACCAGCGAUUUUCCAUUCUCAGUCGUCGAUGGAAAAGCCCGGCGGCGGAUGCGUUUCGUUUCGUCUAAAUGGUCGAUACCGUGGCCCCGCUUUUGCUCUUCGCUUCUCGACAUUUCACUUACCUGCCGUCCUCUUUUCUUUUUUCUUCGAUCAAAGCCAAAUUAAAAGGGAAACAUUCUUCAAAUAUUCCUUGAUCGCUGUUCCGUUCGAUGCUGGUCUCGCUUUAAAACGUGUCCUCGGCGAACGAUCGCGCAACGAUCGUGAUCCACGACGGGUUACCCCCGUCCCUCGUUCUUCGUUGUUCGCGCGUGAAUCGAGACGUACCGGCGACCGAUAAUCGGGGCAACAGGUGUCUUAGAAAUUGAGUACAGUGAUCGUGCGGGGUGUGCGCGCGUGUAUUUUUCUCGAUCGGAACGACGACGACGACGACGCGCGCGGUCGUUCCGCGGAUGGACUUGUUUUUCCGUCCGGCUAAUUAGAGGUUGACUCGCGUGCGCUCCCGAUGGGAAAAAAAGAGCGGUAGCGGAGGACUCGAGUCGCGGGCCCGCGGAUCGGUGCUAUUUUCGGCGACUGUUUUCAACUGGUCAGUCUCAGGAUACGGCAGAUUUUCCUAUUUUUAAGACAGCUCGCGUCGAAUUCGGUGUAACCGGAUCGACGGAAGCGACCUAGAGUUCCUAGGAAGGAACAAAAAAAAAGAAAAAAAACACAGGGGCUAGUUUUCGGUGGGAUGCGCCGAGACGCCGUCGCGCGCGGUUGCCGCGCGUUCUCCGGGUGUUCGUUCUCUGCGGUCGGACCGCGAGUCGCGCGAUCGGUAGCCCCGCGUUCGUAGUUCGCCGCUGAGCCGGUACGCGGAGGAUGGUCGUUUGAAAAAGGGUUUCCUCGCGACCGAGAGGAAAAGAAAAGGGGCGAGAGCCCGCGCGAAGAUUGGGAAAGAGGGACUCGGAGGAGAACGCGCGAUGGCCAGCGAGCACGAGGAGGCAAACUGGACCGGUAACUCGAGCCAUCCGAGCGUCGAGGACUUCGUGAUCACGAACACGGCGGCGAAGGUCGUCUUCUCUAUAUUUUACGGGAGCAUCUUCGUUCUGGGCGUGUUCGGCAACGUGCUGGUGUGCUACGUGGUGAUACGGAACCGUCAGAUGCAGACCGUGACGAACCUGUUCAUCACGAAUCUGGCGCUGAGCGACGUGCUGCUCUGCAUGCUCGCGGUCCCGUUCACGCCUCUCUACACGUUCCUAGGCGGCUGGAUAUUCGGCAGGACCCUCUGCCACCUGGUCCCGUACGCCCAAGGUGUCAGCGUGUACACGAGCACGCUGACGCUGACCAGCAUCGCGAUCGACAGAUUCAUGGUGAUCAUACACCCGUUUCAUCCGCGCAUGAAGAUCGAGAUAUGCCUGGCCGUGAUCUUCGGCAUCUGGGUGGUGGCUUUGCUGGUCACCCUGCCGUACGGGAUCUACAUGCAGCUGGAGGAGCCGAACGCCUUCUGCGAGGAGCAUUGGCCGAGCGAGCGGUUCCGCAAGAUCUUCAGCUCGGUCACCUCGAUGCUGCAGUUCGCGGUGCCGUUUUUCGUGAUCGCUUUCUGCUACACGCGCGUCUCGUUCAAGCUGAAGGACCGGGCGAAAUCGAAGCCCGGCACCAAGUCCGACAAAAGGGAGGAGGCCGACAGGGAGAGGAAGAAACGAACGAACCGGAUGCUGAUCGCGAUGGUCACGAUAUUCGGUAUAUCGUGGCUGCCGCUGAACAUCAUCAACGUCGUCGACGAUUUUUACUCACCGGCGAACGGCUGGAUCUACUACAGGCUCUGCUUCUUCAUGACCCAUUGCCUCGCCAUGAGCAGCACCUGCUACAACCCGUUCCUUUACGCUUGGCUCAACGAUAACUUUCGCAAAGAGUUCAAGCAAGUGCUACCGUUUUUCUCGAGAACCGUGAUCGAACAUCAAGCCCCGAAAAGCGUCGACGGAUUUGGAAACGAUAAACCGUGCAACGGUAACAACACCCUUCAGGAAUCGUUGCUCCCGAGUCAGACCCAGAACCGAGUCCUGAAUCAGGAGGGUUGCGAGUUGAUCGUAUUCGAAGCAACCGUUACCAACGCGUCCGUAGAACUAGCCGACGAAACUCUGUGACGCUACGCUGAGUCUAGGCAAUACCGUGUUGUGAAACGACUAUGUUUGUCAGAGAGAAGCGAGGCCUUCGUGUUAACAGCUCUUUCAUUGGGAAACAUUGCAACCACCCGGUCAGAAAUAAUCGAGUAAUGUGUGCCCGCUGCGAUCGGGCACAGUUUAUCAGCGAUCCUAACAGGAUGGAGGAUCGAUCGAUCGGCAAUGAGCUUUCUUCUUUCUAUUGCUUCGACGAGAAAAAGGAACAUACAUAUAUCUCCGUUCUGCGAGAUAUACGCGAACACGAAAAUCACUCGAAAAAAGAAAUCGAUGAACACCGUGUAUACGUGUAACAGCAACCGCGCAGGAGGAUCCUCGAGGGCAACCGCUUCUCCCCUUCUGGCCAGCUCCGAUUUCAAUUCUACAAGUACUGCUCAUUAUCCUGGCAAACGAUUGCGGUAAUCCGAGUCUACCUCGCGAAGAACGAGGCGCGCUUGUCGGGAGACAAAUGGGUUGAAGGGGGAUAGAAUGGGAUACCGGCCGGAGCAGAGGUAGCAAAAAUAAACCAUAAUUAGUUCAGUUCCAAGA